AUGGCGAUCAUGGGCGUUGCGACUCUGAUCUCUGUCUUUGUCUUCUUUUCCCUCACCAAGAUUGUCUUUGCUGGCGAGGAGUGGUUCGUCUUCUACCCGGAUGUAUUCGCAGACAAUUACAAUCGAGAUUGGGGUGAUGGUCAGCCAAGCACAAACGCUGAAUUUGAAGAGAUACUAGCAAGUGACGCGGUAGCGUCAACCAUGUACGCCUCUAAGAGCAACGUGCUUGAAUCAACAUGGUUUUGGACCGCAAAGGUCGAAGAAGAGACAGUUACUACCAAGUACUUCCAGUUUAAUCUUUUGAGAGGUAUCGCAAUCCACCCAGAAGACGAUCGUGUCUCAAGUGGUCCCUCCUACCCGUGGACUCCACCCAAGAAAAACCGACCAAGCAAGACCACCAGAUGGGCGAAGCGUGCCAUUCAAGAUCAACAAGACAACGCUCCUCGACAGCUGAAGUUUUUGUCAAUGACAGAAGACCAACACAACGAUCUUGAUCAUGCCGAGUACAAAUACGCACACGAACCUGGUAAAUAUGUACGUGUGUACGUGGUAGAUCAUGGUAUAAACCCCAACUCGGUUGCCUUCAUUGGCAGAAGAGUUGAAUGGAUUUUCUCGGAGCCAUUCAGCAAUCACGAACAAGUGGAUACAGAUCUUGAUGAGGACAAGUCCGAGUACGGUCAUGGCACCUGUAUGGCCGACCUUGCGGUUGGCAAGAUCAACGGUGUUGCAAAGGACGCUGAAAUUACUGCCGUUCAGGAAGACACUAGAACCGGUAUCGCUCACACCUUCCCAAUGGAACACAUGAUAGACGGUAUGAGCAAGGCACUUGACGACAUUGUUAUGCGCGCAGGUCCUAGCGUCGUGUUGAUGGCUUUUGAUUUCAGAACUGAGGACAACGAGCCCUUCCGUAUCUUCGACGAUGCUUUCUCACAGAUCCUGGCAAAAAUGGAUCAAAUUGGUGUUUCGCUUGUGACCAGUGUACCAUCGGUGUUGAUAUGUCCGGGGCCACCAUGCUCUUACGGCAAUCCUGGUAGCCGUAAUUACAUUCCAGAUCUUAUCACUGUGGGCGAGGGCAAUAUCUUGGACGGCGCGUAUGGUACCGAAAACCCUAGCGUACGUACACCUUGGACGACACUUUACGCUCCAGGUAGCGAUUCAGAUGAGAACGGUGAAGGUCCGGGUAUUCUUUGCGCAGAUCCAAAGGACAACAACGCGAACAAUGACUGGCACCAAUCCGGGACAUCGCACGCUAGUGCGCUCGUUGCCGGCCUCAUGGCAUACUACAGAGGUCUCGGUCUUGACAAGGCCGCAGCUCGACAAACACUCCUCGGAAAUACGUACGCGAGAGUCUCGGACGGACCUUUGAUGCCUUGGAACGGCUACACGGGUUCCUAA